AUGAACUCCACGCCAACUGGCCCGCUUGAGGCCCAUGCCGGCCACCGCGAAAGCUUCGGAUCUCAGAACUCCCAGACCGCAAAAGAAUUUAUUGAGUCUCAAAUUCGACUUGAGGCUGAUGCACGCGAAGUCUUACCAUAUUCCUUCGACUCGUGCACCCAUGACCUCGGCCCUCUGCGCCAGAAUCUGUUUGCCUGUUUGACCUGCAAUCCGCCUCCGGCGAGCCCCGACGAUGAAUAUACCCCUGCGGCCGUGUGCUACUCCUGCUCCAUCGCAUGCCACGGCGAGCACACUCUAGUUGAGCUCUUCAACAAGCGCAACUUCGUCUGCGACUGCGGCACAACCCGUAUGCCCCCGACCUCUCUGUGCACUCUGCGCGAAGACCACAAGACGGGCCGAAAGGGCGUUCACUCCCAGGAGGCUGCGCCGGGAAACAAUUACAACCACAACUUCCGCAACCAGUUCUGCGGCUGUGAUGAGAAAUAUGAUCCACACCAAGAGAAGGGGACUAUGUUCCAAUGCCUGGGUCUUGGCACGGUUGAAACUGGGGGUUGCGGCGAGGACUGGUGGCACCCGGAGUGCCUCAUCGGACUGCCACGCGACUGGUACAAGAACAGUCCGGACAAGAAGCAAUUGGCUCUUGGUGGCGGAGACGGCGCCGACGCUGGCGUUGGCGAUGUGGGAGAAGAUGAAGAAACCCCUCUGCCCCCUGGAUUCCCGGCUGAGCAGGAUUUCGAGCAACUGAUCUGCUUCAAGUGCAUUGAAUCCAAUCCCUGGCUCAAGAAAUAUGCCGGAACCCCAGGAUUUCUUCCACCGGUAUAUCAGGAUGGAGGCUUGAAGAAGAAGGAGGAGGAGGAGGAGGAGGAGGGGGAGAAGCAGGUGAAAAUGGAGCAGACCCCUGCAGCGGCAAAGGAACAGCUGGACGCUUCAAAGAAGCGCAAGGCCGAUGACGAGGAGCCCUCUCUGGAUGAGCCCUCUACAAAGCGAACCAAAGAGGACGACACCCCUACAAAGGAUGCCCAGCCGUCUGAACUUGCCACUAUCGACGAAGAACCCUCUACAAUCCACACUACCACCGCCACCACCGCCACCACCACAACAACGGAGCCCUCAAAGCCCAAGCACGCAUCCCUCCCCAAAUCCUCCCCUGCUGCAUCCUUCUCUCUUUUCCUCCUCGAAAACUUCCAUGACCGCCUUUGCCGGUGCGCAGAAUGUUUCCCCAAACUCGCCCCCUUCCCGCAGCUGCGGGAAGAAGAAGAUACCUACGAGCCCCCACUCUCAGAUGAUGGCGAGGGCAACGGUGUCGCAAGCACCGGGACAGGGAGUCUCCUCGAGCGCGGCGAAGCAGCCCUGAGCAAUGUCGACCGCGUGCGUGCUAUUGAGGGUGCUAUGGUGUACAACCACCUCCGCGACAAGGUAAAGGACUUCCUCAAACCAUUUGCCGAGAGCGGGCAGAUGGUUAGUGCGGAGGAUGUCAAGGAGUAUUUUGAGAAGCUGCGAGGUGAUGAACAGGGUAUCAAGGAUGCGGCAGGUCAGGCUUCUACUAUGGGAGAUGGUGGCGGUGGUGGUGACGCUGAGGGGAACAGUCGCCGUGAGCAGAAUGGAUAUUGA